AUCAAUCUCCUUUCCAUUCCUCUAUUUUUAAUCUCCCUCUCUCCACCCUUCCUCAAUCUAUCUUCCUCUUCUCUAUCCUUCCAUUCAAACAUAUCUCAUAAUUUUAUGUCAACCAUAGAAUUAUUUGGUUCUACAAUUUUUCAAUAUUCAGUUACUUACAAAAUCUUUAAAAUUGGAUCUCAUUGCUUUUAUUGAUUUUGAUUUAAUGUUGGCUGUCAAUUCCACUUCUCAUCUAUAAAUAAGGUUUUAGCAACAGCUGAUCUACACAGUGAGAGUGAAGAAAAUAAAAAAAAAAAAAAUCCUUGCAUGGAUUUCUGACUGGUUUCUUGACAAGUCUGCAGUUGUGUUUGGAAAAUUUUCUUGGAAUCUCUUGCAUCUCAGAAGGUAGAGAACCACCGAUCUCUUUUACAGCGUUCAGGAUGACAAUAGUAGACGUUGUGGACUUAUCUAGUGAUGAUGAACCGCGAGAGUUGGACGUAAAACCUAUUAAGUUAGAGCCAAAUUUGGUCGGAAGUACAUUGCAACCAAACAAGAAUAGUAAAGUCCAAUUUUCAAAGGAUCAAAUGUGCAUAUCCUCAAGACAUGAAAAUGAAGAGAGUGAGGGCCUAUAUGCUUCAAGUACUAGUCAUAGUAUAUUGGAUCAAGGGCAAUCUCCAGUGGAAGAUGCAUGUCUUUUGUCGACAUUAUCUAUGUCUCCAGCUCCAAUUUGUCGACAAUUUUGGAAAGCUGGGAACUACAACGAUGCUCUUGGUUCCAAAAUCCCAGUUCAAAAUGGAAAAAACUAUCUACAAGUCCACCCUAUGUUUCUUCAUUCCAAUGCCACUUCACAUAAGUGGGCAUUUGGUGCCAUAGCAGAACUGCUUGACAAUGCAAUUGAUGAGAUCCGAAAUGGGGCCACUUUUGUAGCUGUAGAUAAAAUCUUGAAUCCAAGAAAUGGAAAUCCAGCCUUGUUAAUUCAAGAUGAUGGUGGUGGAAUGGGCCCUGAGGCUAUGCGGCAAUGUAUGAGUUUUGGCUUUUCAGUAAAUAAGUCAAAAUCAGCAAUUGGACAAUAUGGAAAUGGCUUCAAGACUAGUACAAUGAGACUUGGUGCAGAUGUUAUCGUCUUCAGUCGCCACAUGAAUAAUGGGAUAUUGACUCAAAGCAUAGGGCUUCUCUCUUAUACAUUUUUAAGAACAACAGGCUGUGACAGGAUAGUUGUACCUAUGGUUCAUUAUAAGUAUAAUACAUCAAAUGGCACGUUGGACUUCUUGCAUGGUAGAGAGAAUUUUAUGUCUAAUCUUUUGAUAUUGUUACAGUGGUCUCCUUAUGCCACAGAAGCAAAGCUUCUAAAGCAAUUUAAUGACAUUGGGUCUCACGGCACAAAAGUUAUUGUCUACAACUUAUGGUUUAAUGAUGAUGGAGUUACUGAGCUAGACUUCAAUACAGAUCCUCAGGAUGUUUGUAUUAGUGGGGAUACUAGAAAAAUUGAAACAAUCCCUACUUUGAUGUCAAUAAAUGAACAGCACAUAGGCAACCGGUUCCAAUAUUCUCUUCGUGUCUACCUGUCCAUCUUAUACUUUCGAAUACCAGAAAGUUUCAGAAUAAUACUUAGAGGGGCAGUUGUGGUACAACACAACAUUGCAAAUGAUCUCAAAUUUCCAGAAUUUAUCCUGUAUAGACCUCAUAGCUCAGGAACUGUGGAGGGUCAAGUUAUUACAACUAUUGGGUUUCUUAAAGAGGCUCCGGAUGUCAGUAUCCAUGGCUUCUGUGUCUACCAUAGAAAUCGCCUAAUUCUUCCUUUUUGGCAGGUCAUAAGCUAUAGAUAUAGUAAAGGAAGGGGAGUUGUUGGAGUGCUAGAAGCAAAUUUUAUUCAACCAACACAUAACAAACAAGAUUUUGAGAAAAGUUCUCUUUUUCAGAAACUUGAAGUUCGUCUAAAGGACAUGACCUGGGAAUACUGGGAUCACCACUGUGGUUAUAUUGGGUAUCAGGUCAAGAUAAAUUACCCUGUUAAGAAAACCCAACCGCCUUCAAGCUGUCACAAUUUCUCUGAUGUUGGUAUUGCACAAGAAUCGCUUGGAAGAUCUGGACAAUCACUUCCGAACUUUGAAAGCCAGCAUGAACAGAGCUUACAAAUGAAAAGAAAGGAGCAAUGGUCAUUUGGAGAAAUUCAUAGGUUGAAAAAGCAGGCUGUUGGUGGAGUAAAUAAUUUAACUACUAGUAGAGAUCAGUUGAAAGAUCAAGAGGCGGCGGCAACCUUGAUGCAGGAAAACAAAAAAUUGCUUGCCAAAUGCUUGGAAUUUGAGAAAGAGGAGGAAGAACUUCACUUUAAGGUGACACAACUCAAAAGCCAAAUAAAAGAGGUUAGCAAUGAGUACUCUCGGUUAUUGGCCGAAUUACAAGAAAUGGAAACAAUUAAGCCAGAAAAGGGUGUAUGAUUCCAUUUAAUUCUUUCAUUUGUUAGACCAGACCAGUGAUGUAUAUCCAUAGAUGGAUUAGCCAAGCGGUUUCUAACAUGUUCUUAGGUAGAUAUGAAGCAAAAAUGAUACCCACCAGUUCCCUUUUUCUCUUGUUUUGUCUAGUUAUCAGCUAAUGUAAAUAUCAGAAAUGAGGCUUCUGACAGAUGACAUUCUAAGCCGGCUGCUUUCACAGUAUACACAAGUAGAAGUAUGUUGUACUUCAACAUGCAAUUUUCCUUUGUACAGAUAAAGAACUUAUAGAGAAACAGAUGUUCUUUUGUUUAAUAUCACAUUUUUAUAUAUAUUUUAUGAUAAUAAAUGUGAUUUUUACCCCU